AUUGUUUUUCUGUGCAGUCAAACCAAUUGCAGUUUUAUGACUAGAAUUUAUUUCCCCUCCCCUGUGCUUGCCUUUGCAUCCUUCGUUGCACUUUACCACUGCACCAUCCCCUUGAGUUCAUCAUUGUUUAGCUCGCUGCUGGUGUGUAAGCGACACCAGUCUUAUUAAUUAAUAGUCCCAGAGGGACUUGGAAAGCAGAGAAGCAUAGGACAAGGCAAGUGCAGUGACAGAUGCUCGCUCUGUCAAAGACGUGCUGGCUAUCAAUCACCUGGCCACUUCUGUUCCUUCCUUUGCAAACAGCCGGUGAAGGAGUGGAGGAAGAGAAGAUGGCGUGGGACCUGCAUCCAUGUUCAUUUCUCUCCCUCCUUGGGACUUUCUCGGUGCUGCUAUCUCUCUACAUGUCUGUGGUGGUUCCACAGAUCCCAGACCCCGAGUAUGCAACUACAAGUCCUCCAAGGAAGAAACCGGACCCUGUUACAUCAGAAACAGUAGUUUUCUGGGGACUGCGGUUAUGGCAAGUCAUAGGAGUUUUUUCAAUGUUCGUUCUGGCAGUUAUAAUCACCUUAUGUUGCAUCUUCAAAUGUCGAAUUCCAAGGACGAAAAAAGAAAUUGAAGCCCGAUAUGCACAAAGACAAGCAGCUAAAAAAUAUGCCAGCAAGCUGGACACAGUGCCUCCACUUGAUGAACUGACUGAGAUACCUGGAGCUGCAAAACCAGAGGAGAAUAAAGAAGAAGUCCCAACUGUAGCUGGGAAAGUAGAUAAGGAGAAAAAGGAAGACAACAAAAAAGACAACAAAACCGGUCAGAAGAAAGAAGCUGAUAAAGAUGCCAAGGAAGGUGCAAAAGGUGGGGGAAAGGGAGGAGCAAACAAAAAAGGAGGUGAAAAAGAGGCAUCAAAGAAAGAAGGCACUGCAAAAGGUGGUGGUCAGAAAGGUGGAGACAAAGCCACAACGAAUGCCAAAGGAGGAGGAGGAGGAGAAGGGAAAGGGGGUACAAAUGCAAAAGGAGCAGCAAAGAAACCACCCCCUAAAAAAUAA